AUGGGUGUUUGCGUGAGUUGCCGGCGCCGCGAGCGAAAGGCACCCGAGAAGCACUGGGUGCCCGUCGCGGGCGGGCCCGCUAAGGGCGCGGUGGCAGAGUUGCUUCCGCGGCGUGUCGACCUGCAAGCCAUGGCAAACUCUAUCUCCAAUAUCAAAAUGACCAACCCUAUCAAGGGCAUCGUGAGCAAACGCCGAAAACGAUACGUGAAGGACGGCUUUAAUUUAGACUUAGCAUAUAUAACAGACAGGUUAAUAGCUAUGGGGUUCCCCGCUGAGAAGCUAGAAGGUGUUUACAGGAACCACAUAGAUGAAGUAUACCGCUUCCUGGAACAGAAGCACAAGGAUCACUACAUGAUAUACAACCUGUGUGCAGAGAGAGAGUACGACUACACCAAGUUCAACAAGAGGGUGCAAGUGUUCGCGUUCAAGGAUCACGAGCCGCCGAAGAUCGGUCAGAUCCAGCCGUUCUGUGAGGACGUCCACAACUGGCUCAGCAAGGACCCGAGGAACGUGGCCGCCGUGCACUGCAAGGCUGGCAAGGGGAGGACCGGUACAAUGGUGUGUUGUUACCUGUUGUACAGCGGGCAGAAAACGACUGCGGAUGAGGCUCUUAAAUACUAUGGGAACAAACGCACACACGACGAAAAAGGUGUAACGAUCCCGUCCCAGCGCCGCUACGUGGAGUACUACGCGGCGCUGGUCCGCGGCGGGCUCUCAUACCGCGCCACGCGGGUCCACGUGCGGGAGCUGCUCAUGUACCCGCCGCCCGCCUUCAACGGGUCACAGUGCACGCUGCAGCUGACGGUCACGCAGGCUGACCCCUUCCAUAAGACUUCUCUAGGUAGCCACGAAGUUCGUCGGCACGAGUCCGUUGCGCGCGUGGUAGCGUCCGCGUGCGCGCCGCUGGCCGGGGACGUGCGCGUGGACGUGUACUGCAAGCCCAAGAUGAAGAUGAGGAAGGAGAGGCUGUUCCACUUCUGGUUCAACACGUACUUCGUGACUGCCGGCGUAGGAGCAACAAACGUGCCCGCGCCCAUUGAUAGUCAAAAUCAGGAAACAUUCAAGUUGACGCUGGACAAGUGGCAGUUGGACGACGCGCACAAAGACAAGCAACACAAGAUGUACAGCGCUGACUUUAAGGUGGAGCUGAUAGUCCACAAGCUGCCCGAGUCGUCUACAUUCAGCGUGCCGCGCGGACCCUCACCAGCCACCUCCUCCUCCGACCCUGACACGGAGCACGAGCAGGAGUGGGACUCCGGUGAGAACUACACUACGGACAAAUAUAUAGAACAUGCCCACAUAGACCCUAAUACAGACUGCGAGGUAGCUGACGGGCCUGGACAGUAUCAUCGUGGAGAAUGCGACGCGCUCACGACCUCCGACCUCUUAUAUACCUUACGCCCCUCCCCUCCCUACUACCUCUCCAACGUGGACUAUCCCGAACACUUUCCGGACUGUAUCACAGUGAAUCGAUCGUCCCCCACACACACCGAAGCGAACACCAACGGUGAUCUAUACACCGACACCGAGCCGGUCAUGUUCGACGGACACAAACUAGCGGACUACCGGCUGGAGAAACUGCCGGAGUACACUCACAGCGGAUAUUACGAGGAUAAGGAUAACUUUAAUGUACCCGGGGAGGAGUACCGGGAAGGAGAGGGGGUAGAGUACCGCGGAGACGAAACAAAACAAUACGACAGGAACAAGAAGUGCAAGGAACCGACAAAGACGCGCCUCUCACUAGGAGACAUGCGGGCCUCGUGGAGAGAGUUCAGAAAGAAGAAGAAUAGGAACGACUGA